AUGUCCGGCAGCGGCGAUGUGACCCUUUUUGAGGAGUCCUUCACAAUCACCAACCAUGAUCAGUCCAAAUAUGACAGAGUCGCCCGUAUUUCGGCCACCUCGACCGACAACCAGACGCUAAUGACCCUCGACAUCAAUAUUGAGCUUUUCCCUGCUUCCGUUUCCGACAGCCUGCACGUGGUUCUGGCGACGUCCCUGGCCCACGAUGGCAGUAAGGACGACGAGAAGGGCUGGCGGGACGUGACCAAGGGCAGCCAAGAUCGCGAGCCGUCAUUGGCCGAUAUGUUUGACUAUGUCUGCUACGGGAAGAUCUACAAGUUUGAGGAUGCUGACGACGGCCAAACUAUCAAGGCCUACGUCUCAUUCGGCGGCCUAUUGAUGUCCCUCGAAGGUCCUUACAAGAAGCUCACCCCGCUGAGAGUCGACUACGUCUACCUUCUCAUCAAGAAAUGA